UACAGUGGUAAUUAGGGGAAGAGAGAAAAAAAAAAUCUCUUCUUCUUAGUAACUGCUGGCGUGCUUUCUUCUUACCACUGUCUGAACCAUUGAAUCUCUUUCGACCAACAUCCAUGGCGUCCUGCCGAAUCGUAUCCCGUUCUUCUCUUACUCUGCUCCAAAGCUUCAGUCCCCGAAGAACUCAACGGGUUUUCCCUUCUGUUUUUCUCCCCUCUUUACACCUUCCCUCCUCUCCAUUCUUCACUAACACACUCUCAAGAAGCAACCCUAAUGCAGUUUCUACAAGAUGUUUCGCUUCAAUUUCCGCCGCUACAUCUCCACUAGAACUAGCAGAUAUUGUGGCUGACGUAGAACCACCGGAGGUUCCUACACAAGACACGGUGGAGCACCUGCUCACGCAUUCCGAUGACGUUUCUAGGUUGAUGAAGAUGGAGCGGAGGCCGGUUGAGUUAGAUGGAGCUGAAUAUCCACAUAAAGGGCGGUGGUUUCCGUACCUGGAUAAGUAUAGCUUUGGAAGUUCUUGGUUGAAUAGUGGUGAGAUUUUGGAGGCCUUGGAUUCUCUCAUAUUGGACACGAGGAAAGAGCGGUUCAAGAACGUGGUGCGGAAUAGAAGCUACUCCGUUUGUUUGGUGGUGGAGGGAUUGAGCGAUUUUGGUAAUGUCUCGGCGGCGUUUCGAUCUGCUGAUGCGCUUGGAUUUCAGUCGGUUCAUGUGGUCUCUUGCGACGCUUCCAAAAGGUACAGAGAGAAUCGUCAUGUUAGCAUGGGAGCAGAGAAAUGGUUGGACAUUGAACUUUGGAACUCUACCUCAGAAUGUUUUAAAAUUCUAAAAUCCCGGGGUUAUAGAAUAGUCUCUACACAUCUAGGAGCGAAUGCGGUUUCUGUCUAUGAUAUGGAUUGGUCGUGUCCAACUGCAAUUGUGGUGGGGAAUGAAAGUAGGGGAAUAAGUAAUGAAGCCCUGGAGCUAUCAGAUUUGCAUUGUAGUAUUCCUAUGAAUGGCAUGGUAGAUUCCUUCAACGUUUCAGUUGCUGCUGGCAUCCUCAUGCACCAUGCUGUAUGCGAUCGGACUUCUCGGCUGGGCUGUCAUGGAGAUCUUACAUCAGAAGAAAGACAAAUUCUACUCGCGGAGUUCUCUCUCAGGCAUAGCAAGAGUGCAAUCAGCAUUGCGAACGAGUUGGCAAAGCGGAAGGGUUCCGCAAUCUCUAGUAAGGGGGUAUUGCUGUAGAAUGCCAAAAGUUUUGGCCGCGUGAUGUGUAGGAAAUGUUUAUGAGCAGCAGAAACACAGGGAAACUUCAUUCAAAGUUUUAGACUCAGGAAAUCAGUUUAUAAAGCCUUUUACAUCAAUUCAUAUCCCAAGAACUUUUACAUCAAUUCAUAUGCCUCUGUAUAAUGUUGUUGUAGUUCUCCAUUUGACUUAGAAACGUUACCUUCUGCUUCAUUUGGUAAUUUUUUUUUUAAUUUAAGCCUAUAAAUAUACUGUGUUUUCAUCUCCA